AUGACGGGUCGUGCGUUCGUGCUUUCACGCAACCCAUCCGUGCCUCAUCGUAGAGGAAGAAGAAAGAGCCGCCUAGGACUGGGGGUUAGGGUUGCGGGAGGGGAUUCACUCACUGGAAGGUGUAUAAGAGGGUUGAGGGGGGCGACGAUCGCGACAUGGCAGAGGUGGGGGCGAGACGGUGGUGGGAGCGCCGCUCGUUCGAGCGGUGGUAGAUGGUGGUUGGGCGGUAGACCACCUUUAGUUGGUUCCUCGAGUCUUCACCUGGUGCUUCAGUUUGCAGCUUCAUUUUUAAGGUACACUGCACGGUCUAUUACACCUCCUGCUGAUAGAAAUGGCACUUCAAGCUCACCUCCUCCAAAGAGACGCAGCCCCUCAAGGUCACCUCCACCAAAGAGUGCUUCACGGUCCCCACGUCCAAGGAGUCCAAAGAGACGCAGCACUUCAAGGUCUCCUCCUAGGAGACGUGGUAGAUCAAGGUCAAGGGAUAGAAGUCGGUCCAGGAGCCCAGAUGAUAGAAAUCCAGGGAAUAACCUUUAUGUGACUGGAUUGUCUACUCGUGUAACUGAAGAAGAUCUUCAGAAGUUCUUUAGUAAAGAAGGAAAGGUUAAAAACUGUCAUGUUGUUCUUGAUCCUAGGACAAAAGAAUCCCGUGGCUUUGCCUUUGUGACUAUGGAUACUCUUGAAGAUGCAAGACGCUGCAUCAAGUAUCUCCACCGCACUGUACUUGAAGGUCGCCUGGUCACUGUAGAGAAGGCUAAAAGAACUCGUGAAAGGACCCCUACUCCUGGACAAUACUGUGGUCGAAGAGUUGUCAGAUGUGCUAUGCUGUGCUAUUAA